UGGCUUCGUGGAGGCCGCUGGCUCCAGGCGGCAGCCACUUUCCCCGUGCGGGACCCGGCCACCGGCACCGAGCUCCUCCAGGUAGCGGAUUGCGGCGUAGCUGAAGCGGAGGCCGCCGUGAAGGCCGCCUACGAAGCCGGCGCUGCAUGGAGCGCAGCUUCUGCCAAGGAUAGAGCGGUUUUGCUUCGUAAAUGGUAUGAUUUGAUGAUAGAGAAUAAAGAUGAACUUGCAAGGAUCAUUACAGCAGAAAAUGGAAAACCGCUGAAGGAAGCAGAAGGGGAAAUCUUGUAUUCAGCUUCUUUCUUGGAAUGGUUUGCUGAAGAAGCCCGGCGUAUUUAUGGUGAUAUUAUUCCACCUUCAGCAAAAAACAGGAGAGUCUUUGUGUUGAAGCAGCCUGUGGGAGUUGCUGCCAUCAUUACACCUUGGAAUUUUCCAAGUGCUAUGAUUACCCGAAAAGUAGGUGCUGCUUUGGCAGCUGGCUGUACAGUAGUAGUGAAGCCAGCUGAAGACACACCUUUAUCUGCCUUAGCACUAGCCGAGCUUGCAAAUCAGGCUGGAAUUCCUGCGGGAGUAUAUAAUGUUGUUCCAUGUUCCAGAAAACAGGCAGCAGCAGUUGGAGAGGUGCUCUGUACUCAUCCCUUGGUAGCCAAAAUCUCAUUUACUGGCUCAACAGCUACAGGAAAGGUAUGCAUAUUCAUGCAUUUAAAGUUUUAUACUCUAGGUUUUUUUAAAUCUUCACCAAGUUGUGACUAAAGCAUUUUUGGAAUA